AACUGAUCAAUCGGAGGAAGAAUGAAAAUGGAAUGAUUUUUUUAUCAGAUUUAUCUUUAAGUAAUUUUUCAAGGGAAAAUUUUUGAUAAUAGUCUAUGCAAAAGAAAUUGAAAAAUUAAAUUUUGUGGCCAUUUUGGGUUCAAGAUUUAAAAUGCUGAUCUCUCAUUGGUGGCUUAUUUCAAAAUGCCACUCUUGGUAUAAUCAUUUGUGACGUUAGACGAAUUUUACGCAUAUCUGUUUGUUUCUUCCUGUGUUGUGAUCAUAUUUCUCAUUUUUGUAUUGGUUCGUCUCAAUAUAACUUCACCAAUGUCUGCUAUGAGCUCUAAUGUAGAAAAUCUUUCUCCGCAAAUCAUCCGGAGAGUCGCCAAAGAGUUACAAGAAUUGGUUUUGGACCCUCCAGAAGGUAUUAAGGUCACGCUCAAUGAAGAAGAUGUAACAAAUAUUCAAGCUUACAUUGAAGGGCCUGCUGGAACACCGUAUGCUGGAGGAGUCUUCAGAGUAAAAUUAGCACUUGGUAAAGACUUUCCUCAAGGACCCCCAAAAGCAUUUUUCCUAACAAAGAUCUUCCAUCCAAACGUUGCCAAGAGUGGUGAGAUCUGUGUCAACACCUUGAAGAAGGAUUGGAAGCCUGACCUCGGAAUAAAACAUAUAUUAUUAACGAUAAAAUGUCUGCUAAUAGUACCAAAUGCCGAAUCAGCGCUGAACGAGGAAGCUGGGAAACUGCUGCUGGAACAUUAUGACGGCUACUCUCAGCGGGCCAAGAUGAUGACUGAAAUCCAUGCUCUCGCACAAAAAGUUGCAAAAGCAGGCAUGGAGAUGUCGUCAAUGGACGGACCGCAGGCUAAGAAACACGCGAGUGAUAAAAAAGUAGCAGCCGAUAAAAAGAAACUUUUAAAAGAUAAAAAGAGGACAUUAAAGAGGUUGUGAGUUAAUUUUAAGAGCGAUCGCGAAAUAUUAUCAUCCAUUUGCACCACUCAAUCAACGUAAGAGUAUUGUAGACCUAUUGUGUGCUGUGGUAUGUGUUGCAUAUUCAAAUAUUUAUUUUGUGUAAAAACCGAUUGAGAACAUGCAGAAGGAUUCUAUUUAGUUACUGUGUUCAAAGCUGACACAACUAUCAGCACAUUGUGGAUCUACGAUUUAGUCAGAGACAUCUGGUUUGGCAAAAUGGAAAGAGCGCUAGGCAAUUUGAAAUAUUGUAAAUACCUUUAUAAGAUGAGAGGAAUGCAAGUCUAAUUAUGGAGAGAGAACGGAAAGGCAACAAAGCCAAAAAUUAACUAUUUAGAUUAUAAACUUUCAACUUGACACUGUCCGCUGGUAAAAUCUUUGUUCGUAUAGGUUUUUCUCGCUUCUAAUUCAAUUGAUUAGAAAAGUUCAAUCAAAUAUUUCAUUCCGAUCUCCCACUUCAACCUGGAGCUAGUUUCUACACAUCAAUAUUGAUAUUUCACUCAAUUAGUGACAAUUGCAUUUUAAAUUCACUACUUAUUAGUACCCAAGUAGAGUAUCACUGCAUUCAACUUUUAGGCUAGAUUUGAAACUAUUGAUCUUUGAAAAAUAAUUUUAAACAGUGAUGCUUUUAUCAUCGACUUCAUUUUGCUACCCUAUAAUCGCUUAUCAAUAAUAUUGUUAUUUUAACACAUUAUAAUCAUGGAAGUCCCUCUAUUUCAAAUAAUAAUAGAACAAAUUUAUUUUAAAUCGUGUCUGAUUUUAGGCUUUAUAUCUAAGAAAAUUCUAUCAACUUUAAAGGACAACUUAAAAAAGCUCUCAUCGAAACUAGUGUAGAAUGUUGCAUCGCAUCUUCUAUAUAAUUUUAAAUUAUUCAGAUAAUUACCCAAUUCGUUUUCCAAUGUGAUGCUAUCCAUCCAGUCAAUAUUAUUCUUAUUUAAAAUCUUAAAAUAAAGUUUAUAAUAAUGUAAAAUCUUUUUCAAUAAAAUAGUUUUUUUUUAAACUAAUCUGUGAUUAUACAUCUACAAUGAUUUAAAAUUUAGCCAUCAAGAAUUGAUAUUAAUUUUAUCAUAGUAGUAUAUUAAAAAUUAUGCUUCGAAGCUACAUUCUUUCAAGAUAUUGAUGAUUCCAUAUUAUAAUUAUUGCCUGUAUUCUUUUGUUUUUCAAGGAAAUGCUCAUAAAAGUCAAAUUUUACAGAGAACACAAUAUACUAUAUAUUUUUACAUAGGCCUCAAUUAUACUGCGCAAUUUUGAUGUUAUAAAGGGUAUUGGAAGGUAAUACUCUCUCCUCAAAUUGUCGUAAUCUUCAAUACCUAGCAGUGUAAUGUAACUUUUAUUUGUAUGGAAGUACCUAUUAUCAUUGAGAGUUGUUAUUUCAAUUAUUAUCAUCAAUCUACUUUUUUAUAUUUACAAAAUCACUAUUAUUUGUUCUAUUAUUAACUAUUGAAAAUAUAAUCGAUUCUAUACUCUUUUAGAAGUGACAUUCAGCAAGUUUGAAAAUUGUAUUACCCAUUUUAGAUGUCAUUGUUUCUCCCUUGAUUUUGCAAUGUGAGUGUCUGUAUAUGGUGUGCUAGAUAUAAAUGUAAGAAGUUUUUAGUUCUUUAAUAAUUGAUUUCAAUUAAAUUAAUUGUAACGUUAUCGACAUUAUUGCAAUUUAUCAAAGUAGCGAUUAUUUUUAAAUAUUUGAAAAUAUUUUAUUUCAAUCUUAGAUUUUCACAUAUUUAUUUUUGAAUUGAUUCAAAUUUAAAAUUUGAAUCUCACCAUUUUAUGGCAUUCUUUAUUUAUUUCCGGAUGAAAAGACUAUUUUAAGUAAUACUGUAUUGAUUUUUGUAUUUUUUGUAUCUAAAGAGAGUAAAUGAAUAAAUGUUUGUUACAUUA